GUGCUCACACGUGCUGUCUAGCUUAUUCUCAAGACCACUAAAAUUACUCACUACGUCCCAAUCCUCUUCCUUCCACAAAUCACUGGACGAAUCGUGCAGAAUAUUCAUUUGACUGAUAAAUAAUUUGUUUAAAAAUAUUUUUUUAUCAAAUAUUGAUUGUAUUAUGAAUCAGGUAAAUCGCUUUAAAAUGGACCUACAUUUCAAACAUCAAAGAAACAUAACCAAGGAAAAAAUAGAACGUCUUGAAUUCAGCUAUUUUGCACAUGAGAGGAACUUGAACUUGACUCGACGACGCAAUUCGGGCACAGAAAUCCCUUGGAAAUCGUACUUCCAAUUUUGGUACAUUAGUCAUUUUGCAAUAUUCAAUAACAUUGGUGAGCUCUGAACAUAUCUAUGUAAUUUCAGUGAAGUUGUGACCCCGAAAAUGAAUUUCUGCGUUCGAAUAUUCUUGUCCGCGCCACUAGCGAAACCUUUGCUGCAAACGUGCCGGAACUCUCCCGUUGUGUGUCGGACACAUGUGGCCUCCUGCUGGCGCUGGAGAAUAGGGAAAGAUGACGGAUCCUCCGCGAGUCUUCAGUCUACUGCCAAAAGAAGAUAUCACAGACAACUUCUACACCAUUUGAAUGAUUGGAAAGAUGAAAGCUUUAAUGUCAACCUCUUGAAAAGGAGUAUCAUUUAUCAUCAGGAUGGUAUUGUAGCUAUCAACAAGCCUCCUGGAUUGGGUGUCUCAGGAAGAGGAAAUGACUCCUCUUCACCUUUGACCCUUGGCAGUAUGAUGUCACAUAUAGCAGACAUCACAGACUGCCCCUCCAUAGAGAUAGCACAAGGUCUUGAGAAAGAAGCAUCAGGUCUUGUGUUGUUGACAGAAAACAAAAUGGCUGCUGGAAAACUUCAGGAUAAAAUCAAGGAGGCCAGAAAUAGAAGACAAUUCAUCAAAACUUACCAGUGCAUUGUGUGUGGAAUACCAGAACAGAAAAGUGGUGUUUCAAAAAUGUACCUUGGGACUGAAGACAUUGGAGGAAUUAACAUGACUGUUGUAAGACAUGAUCCCUCUGGGAGGCAAAUCCGAGAUGGUGAUGUAUGGUCGGUAGAGACCAGGUAUAGAGUCGUCAGGGAGAACAGAGAACUAGGCUGUGCACUUGUAGAGCUUCAACCUUUAAGAGUGAGAAGGCAUCAGCUUCAGGUCCAGAUGACCAACGAACUAUGUCCAAUCUUAGGUGACCAUACGUACUCGCGUCAGGUCAAGACAAUUCUUGGCAAUCCCGUCCUCAUGGAUCCUCAUAAAUCACUAGCUACCCAUGGCAUCCAGGUUCUGAGACCAGGUAUGAGAAAGGCCCUCUCCAUGACCAACCAACAGGUGUCUUAUCUUCCACUCUUCCUUCACCUUCAUCGCGUGGUCCUACCAGAGUGGGCUGGUCAUCGGGACGUUGCCAUCGAAGCGCCUCUGCCAAUUCACUUCACCAGAGCUCUGAAGGAACUUGGGCUUGUUGAGAAACUGAAGCAGCUGUCCUGUUCUGCCAGGUGAAUGAAAUUUCAAAUGUGGCUAGAAAAUCAGCUAGAAGGAUUGUCAUUGGACAAAAUGGUUUUGCUGGUCAUCAGAAGCGCUUCUGCCAAUGCACUUCACCAGAGCUCUGAAGAAACUUGGGCAUGUUGGGAAACUGAAGCAGCUAUCCUGUAUUUUGAAGAGAGGCUAGGAUAUCAGCUGGGACUGUUAUCAUUGGAUGAAGUGGUAGUCAUCAAUAUGUUACCAUACGUGUACAAGGUUCUCUGCCAUUGUGCGUAGAGCUCUGAAGAAACUUGGGCUUGUUGGAAUCUGAAGCAGCUGUCCUUUCCUGCCACGUGAAUUUUCAAGAAAGUCUUGGAAAUCAGCUGGAACUGUUGUCAUUGGAAAAAGUGGUAGUCAUCAGGACGUUACCAUCAAAGCACCUCUGCCAUUGCACUUCAUCAGAGCUCUGACGAAACUUGGAAUUUUGGGGAUGUAAAACAGCUAUUUUUAUGUCCAAGGGAGGCUUGGGAAGCAGUCAGAACUAUUUUCAUAGGACAAAGAGGUGUGAGGUGUUGUAGAACCUGAGGUUUCAUGUUCUACCUCAUGGGUCGUAGAUGAUGUGGUCUGAUGCAUGCCAUUCCUGCCCAUCAGCUACAUGUAUGAGCAGUAUAGUGGUCUGCAUUUUCCCCUCCUUCUUAAAAGCUUGGAAAUAGAUGCAAGACUCUUCUAAUUAGUGAUCUCUAUUCGUUCUUAGUUGCCUCUAUUGAUUGCUUCAAUCUCAGAUUAAGUAACAUUACUAGAAAUAUACUUAUGAGCAGAAAAAAUAAUCAAGAUUUUGAAGGAGUGUUAUUUCUUUCGACCCCGUCAGACAUUGUCAUCAUACUGUCGGAGAAAUGAGUGUGUAUGUUUAGUUUUCUUAUUUCAUUUAUUCUUCCACUGGUUCAUGGAGGUAUCAAGAUGUUGGCUGAUAGUGCCAGCAAUUCAAAACUUGUUGCAUGCUUAAAUUGAAUUGUGGCCAUACCGUUCAUCUGAUGACAUGUUUUUAGACAAAUGCAGACGGUAUCAUUAGACAGUAGGCCCUACAUGGUCUGCAGCCUCUAAAAGCAUUUGGUUCAGUUCUCAGCUAUUCUAACACCUUAUGGGCUAAACCCACUUAGUCUACUAACAAUUUGGUCUGAUUUCCAUGUGAUCUACUCUCUACUCAAUCUUAUACAUGUACCACUUUACUCAAAUUAUCAUUUAGUCUAAUGCACAAAUGGUCUAAUGCCCACUUAGUCUUAUCAAAUGAAAAUUUGGUUCAUAAACAGUUUUUCUAAUUAUGUAGAUGGAAAUAGAUAAAGAUAAAAUGGGUAAAGCCCACAUCAAGGCUCAAUGUUAUCAGUGGCCUAGGGCCAAAAGAAAUUUUCUUGGGCAACCAUUAAUGAAAAUGCUAAAUUUUAGUUGCCCAGGUGGGCCACCAGCAAAUAAUUAAUGUUGAUCCUUGGCCUGUCUCGAUACCAAUUCAAUUUUUUUUACAAUUAAAAAAUCACACUUUUUAGAACAAAUUCACUAUCAGCCAAUCAAAGCAAAUGAUUUCAGUAGCUUAAAAUUGUUAUUGCAAAUUUGUUAGUAUAACAAGUUUCAUGAAAUGGGGGCCCCUGGAAAGGAGAGAUGGCAAGUGGGCUAAAUGGCAAUGAGGGGGAAUUUUGUAGAUGAACUAGGAUUAGAGCAAAUGGCAUGAGACCAAAUGGAAAGUAGAUGAAGCGGGUCGUAGACCAAGUGGCAAUUUACCUAUUCCAUGCCAGUAUAUGACGGGACCUUUAAGUUUGUUCUAUAAAUCAUGGUUAUCUUGAUAGCUGUACUGUACUACUGACAUAAUUUGUAUCACAAGAUGAGCAAAGAUAAACACAUUGAAGAUUUUAUGACCUUCUAACAAAGAGUCAAAGGAAACUAUAAUUUCUCAUUGUGAUUUUAACCAUUUGUCUGUCAUACUCGCACCAUAAAUACUUCCUGGAUGAAAGCGAACUUCAGGAAGGAAGUUCUCGCCAACAGAGGCUUUAGAACUUGCCGUUAUCAGUUUUCAUUCGGAUGGGCACUUGAAGUAUUUCAGUUACAACUGAUUAAUGUAGUGAUAUUGGGCUCAAAAGCAAAAUGAAUGGAGUUGCGAAAGAAGGAAGUCCACAAGUCAACAUAGCAACUGGCAGUUUUGAUAAUUUAGUUUUAGUAGGUCAUCGAAAACAAUUUGUUGAAUAUCUUGUUUUUGUUUUGUCAGUAGCAUGACAAAGCGAACUGAGAUGAUGAGAAAGUUUGGUUUUCCAUGAGAGUGUAACAUUUAACGACACAUCAUCAAAUGUUUGAAAAUUUGCCUCCUUUUAAUCUCUUCUCUAAUAUCUAACAAUUCUUCUAUGAAAAAAUGGGUACCCCCCCUUUCCAGUGCCAUAGUGAGGCAAAAAGGUACAACAUUGAUGUACGUGGAGAAAUGUACAAAAAGUUGCAAGCCACCUGAGUUAACAAAAAAAAUUGCCAUUUUAAAUUAAUACCAUAUUUAAUUCCUUUUCCCUUUUUUUCUUUGAUCAUGGAACAUUUUUUUUUUUUUUUUGGGGGGGGGCAAAGCCCCCAAAACUCUGAAGCCUCCCAUCUGUAGGCCAUUGCCUCUCUCCUACUUUACUUAGUAUUUGAAAGUGCUUUCUGGGCGAUUAUAUUUCAUUUUGAAGAGUAUACUAAUAUAUUCCUUUCAUCGGGAGAUGUUGAAGAAGUCUAUACGUUGGAACAUACUUGAAAUAGCUUUGAAGAUGAUUUCUCAGAAAUCUUACAAAGGGAAUCUUUGAAGGAUCCUCUCAAAAAUUCCUCAAGUUCCAAAACAUGCUAGAAAUAGUCUGCAUUCUUGGUGAUUUUCAUUUUUUUAAUCAAUAUUUGAUCUUUGGCAGCUUUGAAAUAUGCCACAUUUGUGAAUGAUUCAACGAAAUCAGAAUUAGAAUUGAUGUGGAGCGCUGUGGCCCAGUGGAUUAGUCUUCUGACUUUGAAACAGAGGGUCGUGGGUUCGAAUCCCAGCCAUGGCGUAAUUUCCUUCAGCAAGAAAUUUAUCCACAUUGUGCUGCACUCAACCCAGGUGAGGUGAAUGGGUACCCGGUAGGAUUAAUUCCGUGAAUGCAUAAGCGCUGAAAGGCAGCUUGAGCUAAAGCCGGGGUAAUAAUAAUAAUAACAACGCGCCUCGGAAUUGAAUAUUUCUAGAUAGAUGGCGCUAUAUAAAUGCCUAUUAUUCCUAAUUAUAUUUCCAUUUUUCUGGUUAGUAGAAAUGAGUGUCGACUCUUGUUGGAAUGCUCCCCAGGGAGUGGAGAAAGUGCAUUUAUUUUUGCAGGCAUGCCAGGAUCCGAUGACUGGGUAAAGAUAAAUGAAAGUGCUUCGAAACGCACACAAAAAUUAAGCGCUGUAUAAAUACAACUGUGUCAGUGAAUAAUGAAGAUGGGUUAUAUGAAUCAACACGGUCAACUGGGGAGUGUUUCAUCAACAUUUUCAUCCGACAAGUUGUCAGAUCUGACAUCUUUCUCUGAUGUUGAUUGGCUGAGAGGUACUUGUUACUAUGGUAACUGUUGGAUAAAAUGGGACUUGUCGGAUAAAACGUCCGACAAGUCCUUUCAUGAAACGCUCCCCAGAUUGAUGAUACACAUUGGAUAAAUAGGGCAGGAAGUAAGUUGGUUCUAGGUUAAGAUAAGCUUUUUAUUGCUUAUCACCAUGUCUCUUUGUCAUGGCUUCUAAUAGCUCUGCUAAUUAUAGGUUCGCCUUGAUCAUGGUGUGCAAGUAUUGCCAGGGACUCUGUAGAGUAUUGUUAUUUAGGCCUACAUAUAUUGGUAGAGAGAGAGGAAAUAAAAUUCAGUGUGUUUUCUUCCUUCGCAAUAAUGCACGGCUGUUUCACUCCCAUAGGCUAUGUACAAAAUAAGCCCUUUCAAGUACGCGCGCACGAAAUCCGCGCGCGCUGCCCAGCCAGCUGAUAUGCAAUUUCAACUUUUACACCACUCGACGAUCAACUGUAAGACUUUCAUUCGACAUGUGUUAGAAAGCUACAUUUUUUGAGGUUUGCCUUACCUUUUAAGGUUAUUCCUUUCCAUCGUUAUAUGGUAUCUCCAAAAUAUCACGAGAAAUCACAUUCCAAAUUUCGAAAAUCCUUAUCAUUUUGAAGAUAUUUACAAAAAUCCUGAGAGUUCCACUCUUAUUAGAGACAUUUUCUGUGCAAUCGCGAAUGAGCCUGGCCCCUGGGACUUGCAGAGAGCGUCCAUUUCAGGCUCAAUAUCUUGAAAACCACUCGUCCGAUUUUGGUGUUCUCAACGUCUCAAAAGAUAUAAUGUCUUGUUUAAUAACAUAUCCGAUUGGCAUCACAAACCCAUCACUAGUUUUCUUUUAAUUCGACUUUUGCUACCCAGUACUUCUAAUGCACGUCAAAUACCAUAUUCGGUCUUUGACGUUGCCAAAUUUCUUCUGGAAACUUAUAACACGAUCAUUGUUUCAUUAUAAGAUUUGUAAGGUGUAUAUUUCAUUAAAAAAGUAACAAAUUC